AUGUCCGCCUCUGGCCCCGCACUUCCCCCUCCUCCGGCUGUGUCCGGAGCCCAGGCACGCGCGUGUUCGCAUGUUCUGACCUUCCUUUGCACAGAGGAUAUCACCACCCUUUUGGACCUCCAGGACCCCACCGUCAUCUCGGCCUCCUUCAAUCGGCCAGACAUUGAAUACCAGGUGGUGACAAAGCCCAGGGCGCUGUCGGAGGCCAUCGCCGCGACCCUGCAAAUGAGCCCAGAUGCCGCCAGCCGGCCGGCCAGCAUUGUCUACUGCGCAACGCAGAAGGAAACCGAGAAGCUGGCCGCGGAUCUGACCAACAAUCAUGGGAUCUCGGCGCUGCCGUAUCAUGGUGGGCUGACGGCGGAACAGCGCCGGUUUGCCCAAGGCCAGUGGACUCAGAAUCAAACCCAGGUCAUCUGUGCCACGGUGGCCUUCGGCAUGGGUGCUAUUAUUUUUACCUAA